GGCGGCGGGGGCGGCGGCGGCGGAGUCUAGCGGAGCGGCCACUUCGGCGGGUCUCAGAACUCAGCUGUGAGGAUACAGGGAAGGAAGUGGGCCAGCCUGGGGGAAGAAAGGACUCCUUGGGGAGAUGGCAUGUAAUCUGAAAGAAGAAACAAUGUAAUUGAGUCACUCUGAGGACUUUGAGGUCCAGGUGAAGAGGGAGGUGGGAAGAGCAUGGCCUGGCCGAGAUUUUUGCAGAGGGGAGCUCUGCUCCCUGGCUUCAGCCAUCACCAUGUCGCCGUGUUCCUGCUCACUUUCUUCAGUUAUUCAUUGCUCCAUGCGUCAAGAAAAACCUUUAGCAAUGUCAAAGUCAGCAUUUCCAAACAGUGGACCCCAAAUGCUUUCAAUACGUCAGCCAACCUUCCUGAAGAGAUCUGGAGCAGCAACCAUUUGUUCCCCAGUGCAGAGGAAGCCACUCUUUUUCUAGGAACACUAGAUACCAUUUUUUUGUUCUCCUAUGCUGUGGGCCUUUUUAUCAGUGGCAUCGUUGGGGAUCGGCUGAAUUUGCGAUGGGUUCUGUCUUUCGGCAUGUGCUCUUCUGCAUUUGUGGUGUUUGUCUUUGGUACUCUUACGGAAUGGCUGCACUUCUACAACAAGUGGCUCUACUGUGGCCUGUGGAUUGUGAACGGCCUGCUGCAGUCCACGGGCUGGCCCUGUGUGGUUGCUGUGAUGGGCAACUGGUUUGGGAAAGCUGGCCGAGGAGUUGUCUUUGGUCUCUGGAGUGCCUGCGCUUCGGUGGGCAAUAUUUUGGGAGCAUGCUUGGCCUCAUCUGUUCUGCAGUAUGGUUAUGAGUAUGCCUUUCUGGUGACUGCGUCCGUGCAGUUUGCUGGCGGGAUCAUCAUCUUCUUUGGACUUCUAGUGUCGCCAGAAGAAAUUGGUCUCCCAAGUAUUGGGGCAGAAGAAGGCCCCAAAGAAGAUUCACACAGGCCACUCAUUAAUGGUGCUGAAAAUGAAGAUGACUAUGAGCCUAAUUAUUCAAUCCAGGAGGACAGGGCUGUCAGCCCAGUGAAGGCUAUAAGCUUUCAUCAGGCUUGCUGCCUUCCUGGAGUCAUACCGUAUUCACUGGCCUAUGCCUGCCUGAAGCUAGUGAAUUACUCCUUCUUCUUCUGGUUGCCCUUUUAUCUGAGUAACAACUUCGGGUGGAAGGAGGCCGAAGCUGACAAGCUGUCCAUUUGGUACGAUGUUGGAGGCAUCAUAGGUGGAACUCUGCAAGGCUUCAUCUCCGAUGUACUGCAGAGGAGAGCCCCUGUGCUGGCCCUUAGCCUGUUCCUGGCGGUUGGCUCCCUUGUUGGGUAUAGUCGCUCUCCAAACAAUAAGUCCAUCAAUGCGCUCCUGAUGACCAUUACAGGGUUUUUUAUUGGCGGACCAUCCAAUAUGAUUAGCUCAGCCAUUUCUGCAGACUUGGGUCGCCAAGAGCUGAUCCAAGGGAGCAGCGAGGCCCUGGCGACUGUCACAGGAAUUGUUGAUGGGACCGGGAGUAUUGGCGCUGCCGUAGGCCAGUAUCUGGUAUCCUUGAUCCAGGACAACCUGGGAUGGAUGUGGGUUUUCUACUUCUUCAUUCUCAUGACAAGUUGUACGAUUCUGUUUAUCUCGCCAUUAAUAGUGAGGGAAGUAUUCUCUCUUGUGCAAAGGAGACAGGCUCACACACUGAGUGAAUGAGGUGCCCACAGGAGAGAGUGGAUUGGGAAGUGCACGAGGGCCCGUUGGUCUCCAGUUCACUCAUGUGAACUGGUGCGAGUUGUCUACACAGCAGUGGAACCUCAGCCUGCCAGGCGUCCUACAACACUGCCAGCUGCCCCAGACACUGGCCAGUAAGGGGCGGAUUAUUUUUGUACACUACAGCAGUUACAAGAUGAUUUUUCUUACAUCUGUGAAUGUACUGAAGUGAAAAUGAACCUGGCAGCAUCUUUGUUGGGCUUGUCAGCUUAUCCCUCCCACCUUAAACAUUGUAUUGUCCUGGACCCUCGUUCUUCAGCCUUAAUUAAGAGCUGAGUGAGCAGGAGGCAGAAUCAUGCAAGUUUGUAUUGAGGAGAAGACCGGUGCGAUGCUUUGAUAAUGUUUGCCGAGUGGCUCACCAUUAAGACGUCAGAGCAGAGCUCAGGCCAGAUGGCGCUGCAGCCCGUGGAUGGAGCGUACUGCGCUGUGGCUUCUGGAAGUCCUCGUCCUCUCUACAAUGGUUGUCAGCUUGUUCUCCAGCUUCAUUCACGUUUGAUUCCUCGGAGGACUGCAAGUUAUCUCUGACAUUCCAGUAUGGAGCUCUCGAGCCCAGGUCCACAGCCUGGAAGUGUUAAGGCCCGCUGAGAAGCUGUGCUGUGCAGCCUUCCUCUCGGAAGAUUGGUCUCUGUCAAAGCCAGGCUCCUGGAGUUACUUCAGCAGAAGACUAGAGUUAGAAAAAGGCAAAGGCUCUUUGUCCGGGGUGUGACGUGUGUGUAUUGAAUCAUGUCAGUGGAGUGUUAGGGUCUGAAGCCUGUCAUUUUAGAAGAUUGUAGAGUGUAUGUCCUUGAGACUGUGAAUUCUAUAUGAAUCAGUACUUUUAAGGUCAUUCUGUACAUACAUUUUAAAUUAUGUAAACAAACAGGAGGAAAAUGUGCAAUUUUGAGGAACACCUAAUUCACACUGGGUUAGGAAAUAUUCUUCCACCUCUUGCUUUAUGUGUUGAUGGACUUAUAUAAUCUUGCAGAUUUCUGAUUUCACUAUUCAUUUACUGACAUAAAGGGAAAACACAAAGCAUAGGAAGGGAGAGGAAAACCAGCUUUUGUAAUAAAUGUCCCGCCAUAUGGCUAGUCUGUGCUCAA